AUGUCAACAGCCUCUGCAGAGAUGCCAGAUGGCGAAGAAAGCCAUCUGACAGUAGAUGGGUUCUGGGAUAUGGCUAAUGAGGUUUUGUACAGCAAAGUGUACUUUGAUCCGAAUACCGGGGAGUAUGUCACGAUAAGGCCGGACAGUUGCUCGUCGGACGAGAUGAACAUGAUCAUUGUUUCGUACAUCUCGUUGUGUACCACGCAUUCCGAGGAAAUCGGCUCUUUGUUUGAAGGAGGAGUUGACUCAUUUCAUUACAGUGCAGCAAAGCUGUUGAUAGACUGCUCGUACUACCAAGAGAAUCUUGGCUUUUGCAUCAGGAAGCUACUCUCGUUGCUGAACUACAUAGCCCAGAGCGCUUUGACUUUGGCCGAGGGAAUAGAAUACGAUAAGGGAGUGGGACACGAGAUUGAGAUCAAAGAGACAUUAAACAUGAACCAGCGAAUGGUGCGGACGAUAGGCUGGAUCCUGUACAUCAACUACACCGCCAACAACAGCAUAAUGACGGUACUGGAAGAAUUCCAGGGGUUCAUAACGAUAUGUGAGACAUUGACCUGCUACUGCAAGUUGAAGGAGAAACUCAAGGAUCUGCCUGAAUACAGUGACGCGAUCAAGAAUCCAUACUAUAGCACAUACUCCAACUUCCUGGAGUUGCUCUAUGAAAUCUGCAAGAACUCGACCAUAAGCUCGGAAGAUUUGGCAGCAGUGGACAUUUGUUUUCUGGAGUUUUUGUUCAAGUCGCUGACUAUUUCGACGAGAGACGAAGACGAAUUGAACUUUCUGAAAUUUAAGCUGCUGCUGGUAAUGAAUGAACAGUAUAUGGUUUCUUUUUACAGUUCAGAAGAGGCGGAGAGGAUUCCCAACAAAGCAUUCAAUGCGAUGAUAGAGGGAACGAACUUCCGGAACUUUAGUGAGUGUCUCAUGCUCAAUUUCAACAGGGAGAAGGACCAUAUAAUACAGAUACUCAUGCUGAAGGUGCUUUACAUGGUAUUCACCACAUCGUCCACAUGCCAAUGGUUCUACCUGAACGACCUGAAGGUUCUGGUAGACAUUUUUCUUAGGGAACUGAACGAUUUGUCGUUGGUCGAGGACGAGGCCUUGAUCAACACAUACUUGAGGGUGAUCUACCCUAUGCUGAUGUUCUCUGUUUUGAAAAGCGAGAGCUACAAGAAGGAGAGCUUGGUGGAAGUAAUGAGGUACUUGAACAGUGCUGAAGAGAGUGCUGAAUCUACGAAGAGACUUUCCGGAAGAUGUCUGGAGUUGCGAGCUCUGAAGUUUGCUGAUGAGGGGGAUCUCCUUAGAAAAAGCUUCAGUUCGGUUUCUUCUUCGAACUCGGGGAUGGAUAUGCCUGAUUCGCCGCAGGUGGCAGCCAGCAUGGGAUAUCACAAUGCCACCAUGCUGAACGAUAGAGACGAUGCGAUUUCCAUCACAUCCAACUCAUCCAACGGCAGUUCUACUAAGCCUCGCAAAAGAGCCCCUCCUCCCCCAUUACCCCGCAAGAUGCUGGGUUCCCGGAAUUCUUCAUCUUCUGACGUUGCCCUUGCAAGAACUGGCAGAAGAGUUGACUGA